AUAAGACCGAGGCACCGGAUAUGAAGUCCACUAUUUUCAUGCGACUGGCGUCAGUGGCUGCACUGCUUCCGACAUUCGUACGAGGACUCGUAAACCCCAUUAUUCCGGGGUUCAAUCCGGACCCGACGAUCAUCAGAGUUGGUCAGGACUUCUUCCUGGCAACCAGCACGUUUGAGUUCUUUCCCGGCGUCCCCAUUUACCAUUCAACUGACCUCGUAAAAUGGGAAAACAUUGGCCAUGCAUUGUCUCGGCCGUCGCAGUUGAACAUGCGAGGUACCGCUCCCAGCGGAGGUAUUUUUGCGCCGACAUUGAGACACCACGACGGCCUCUUUUACCUAAUCGAUACAGUUUUUGAUGUGAUAAGCCCUCCCGACAACGUGACACGGGUUCCCCGUUCAUUCUACGUCACAACCCCGAACAUCUUCGAUCAGGCUAGCUGGAGUGAACCUACGUAUGUCGACCAGUGGGGAUUCGACCCAGAUCUCUUUUUCGAUGAUGAUGGCAAGGUUUAUUUGACUUCCACGUUCUCAGAAUUCGUCGAGAAUGGCAACUUUGCAAACUGGAUCACGGAGAUUGACAUCAAGACUGGCGACUCUCUAAGCAAUUCCCGAGUUCUCCAUACCACGACAGUACCUCCAGAACUUGGCUACCCGCUUACCGAAGGAAGCCACUUGUAUAAACUCAAUGGGACAUAUUACAUGGUCACCGCCGACUCCGGAACGGAGGCUAACCACAAAGCAAACGUGUACCGCUCCCAAUCCUUGGAUGGGCCUUGGGAAGGCAAUCCACACAACCCUGUACUGUGGAAUGGUGAAGAUAUGUCUUUGCCUGUGCUUGCUACGGGACAUGCAGACAUUGUUGACGACGUCGAUGGGAAUUGGUGGGCGGUGUUUCUCGCUAUUCGGCCACAAAACCCCAGAAACAGCACUGGGCUUCCUCAGCUUGGUCGUGAGACUUUCCUGUGCCCCGUAACAUGGGACGCAGAUGGAUGGCCUAUGUUCAACAAUAACGAGCCGAUUACUGAGUAUAUGCCUGACGUUUUGUACGACUUGGACCGGCCGCAGGUGUGGCGGGACGACUUUGAGGGAGGACUAACGGAUGAGGCUUACUACUACACACGGACACCAUACAAAAGCUUCACAGACUUCGACUCCAGCCCUGGGAAGCUUCGGAUCAGAGGCAACGUUUACACUCUCAACGAUCGCGAAACUCCAGCAGCAUUGCUCCGCAAGCAGGUCGACAUCAAUACCACCUUCAGCACCGAAGUCAGCUCAUUCAGCCCGGCAUCGUGGCGACAGGAGGCCGGUGCAAGUGUCUAUCUUAGCAUCCACUAUCACAACGAAGUUGCCAUUACUUACUCGAACGACACCGGUAAGCGAUGCAUAGUCACGCAUACAAGGACGGGCUCAGAUGCAACGCUCAACACCACCUACAUUGAGGAUGAGGAUGUUGCCAAUGGUGACUCAGUAAAGCUUUUCAUCGAGGCGAAGGAUGCCGGAUAUCGUCUGGGAUAUUCUACAGGCGACAAAGCACCAAAAUGGCUUGCGACUGUUGAGAAUCGCUGGCUACAGUCAUUCGUUGAGGGCUGGCAGAACUUUGUCGGAACUCAUUUCGCGAUCUACAGUACUGGAACCAGACUUCCGACUCUGAACCCUGCGGAUUUUGAGUACAUCCAAACGGAAUUAAACUAGCAUGGAUGGUGUGAAGUUAGGGGGUAUUGCAAGGACAGGCCGCCAGGCUACGCUAUGUACUCAGCACCUGAGGUGGUAGAUGAAGCUAUCAUCUUCAGGAGACCUUUUCUAAGCUGAAAUAAACUCUCUUAGGUACUCC